AUGUCGAACGAGAGCAAGAAGAUAACGCUGAAGAGCUCUGAUGAGGAGGUUUUCGAGGUGGAGGAGGUGGUGGCGAUGCAGUCUCAGACCAUCAAAUAUAUGAUCGAGGACGACUGCGCCGGUAACACCAUUCCCGUUCCCAACGUUACCGGAAAUAUACUCUCCAUGGUCAUUGUAUACUGUAAGAAGCAUGCUGAAGCCGCCGCCGCAGAAGCCAACGACGAUGUUGCAGAGAACGACCUCAAGGCUUUCGACUCCGAAUUUGUCAAAGUCGACAAGGACAUACUCUUCGAGCUUAUUAUGGCUGCUAACUAUCUGAAUAUCAAGAGUCUUCUAGAUCUUACUUGCCGAACUGUUGCAGACAUGAUUAAGGGGAAAACACCAGAGGAGAUUCGAAAGAUAUUCAACAUAAUAAAUGACUUCACUCCCGAAGAAGAAGAGAAGAUCCGAAUAGAGAACCAAUGGGCUUUUGAGUAG